AUGCCAUUCAUUCAGAAAUACCAGACAACCAGGACAGCAGCCAGCCAGCCAGACAGCCAGGACAGCAGCCAGCCAGCCAGCCAGUCAGCCAGCCAGCCAGACAGCCAGACAGACAGCCAGGACAGCAGCCAGCCAGACAGCCAGACAGCCAGGACAGCAGCCAGCCAGCUAGCCAGCCAGUCAGCCAGCCAGCCAGCCAGCAGACAGACAGUGGGCUAAAGGAAAGAGGGGGAGCAGUGCUGCUGUGUGUUGACUACUAGGGACUGUUUCCAAGGCUCCCAGGACCAUCCCUAUGGAACAAGCUAGAAUACAGAUGCAACAUUUAACAUUUAAGUCAUUUAGCAGAUGCUCUUAUCCAGAGCGACUUACAAAUUGGUGCAUUCAACUUAGGAUAGCCAGUGGGACAACCACCACUGGGGGAGGGGGGGUGUAGAAGGAUUACUGUUAGACUAUUCCAGGUAUUCCUUAAAGAGGUAGGGUUUCAAGUGUCUCCGGAAGACUUGCUAUGCAAGACAAGCUAUUGCCUUAAGAGCUCUCUGUAUUAGAACUCACUCUUCUUUCAUCCUCCAUAUUUCGUAUUAGUGUCAAUUAUCAGCCACACGGUCAGGAAUUAGCAAAUUCUUUGGCUUUACCCCCAGAAGACUCAAAUCAUAUUCUCUAUUAUAACAAUAUCAUAAGCAUCAUGCAUAAUUGGCUUGAUCAUGAGUUAUGGUAUAGAUACACUGAUUUAAUUCAUCAAAUAGCAUAUCAGGCUCUUGGGUCUUGAAUCUCAUCCAGUUUGUACGUGACUGUAAAGCACCCACAAUGCAUGGCAAAAUGUCCUCCAAUACUGAGGAGGUUUGGAGCUGUAGGUAGGGCACAUGCAACCCAGAGUGCGCAGCUGAACUCUCUAUGCUGGAAACACUCUGUUUGUUAUUUUAACUAAAACAUAAUCAAUCUCUGUUAAACAUAAAUACCGAACUUGUUUUUGCAUGGAUUCCGCGACGCGGUUAGCUUUUAACAGCUAGGACCGCUAUUUCUUGUCCCGGAAUCUCGCUUAACUGACAGGUUAAAAUCUGCUUGAAAGAGCCACUCACCUAGCUAAGCUGCUGAUGGCUAACGAAGUUAGUCCCAGAUUAGUUUUCCAAGCCCUUUCUGUCUUGAGAAGUAAAUUAACGGUUCCAGCGCUGUAGAAGCUGCAUCUACUAUGCUUUGUUUUUCGGGACAAACUGGAUUCCAAACUGAGUUCCAAUGCGGCAAUUGUUUGCUUGCCUAGGAUUAUAGGCUUGAGGUGGCUUCCUUGAUCACGCAGGUCGCCAGCCUACGUAAGAAACGCAGAGUGGAAUGUUUUACCUUUUCUACACCGGUGGCUGGACGGCGUUCGCGCAUGUUGGAUGCAUCUCCGCCUUGUCAUUUGGCCGGUGUUGCCAGGGGAGACAUCCUGCCUCUCCUCUCCCAUCCGAUAGUGGAGUCGAAGGAGCACAGCGAGAGGAGCAUGGCAAUCAACGAUGGUCGCAUGUCACGAGCCGUGGAAGCCGAGCACAGUGGCCUCCCACAAAAGCAGUCUACACUCUCAACGAGAGGCCCAGAGCGGAUACAAACAACAAAUAGUUUCGCCGCCCUGGCCUGCACCAUCCUGUGAAGCGUGGGAGUGGGCGGAUUUCCUCGUCCUUCUGGCCAGCCGUGUUUUUGGGCAGCUCCAUGGUAUAAAAUGUGAGUGUUACUGGUGCAAGAACAAUGUCCUAUCCCGGAGCUCGUGUAAAUGAAAUUACUAAGCUGCUCCCAAAUGUACUACGCCAGGAACAUGGACAUCGAUUCUAUCGUAGUCCAUGUGGGUUUUAAUGACAUUAUGAAGGGCAGCUCUGAACAGUUGAAACUGGAUUUCGAAGAGCUGAUUGACUCUGUGCUAGACACUAAUAAAAUACCUAUCAUAUCUAGCCCUGUGCCCUCUCUGAAUCGUGGCAUUGAACGCUUUAGCAGGAUUCUCUUCACAACUGGCUACGUGAUUAUUGCAGCUCAAUGGGUGUAACGUUUGUUGACAAUUUCGAUACCUUUCGGAAAACAAAACACAUUUUAUAAGGAGGAUGGGAUCCACCCAAAUCAUUUGGGUUCCUGGAUCCUUUCACAGCAUUAUAAGGCUGCAUUGAGACAAUGACUUAUCAAUCCAAGCCCAGCACAGUUAAUCCCUACCAUUGUGUCGCUGAGUCAUCAUAAUGCUUUAGCAAAUGUACAUUAUACCGGGGGCAUUGGUAAACACAAUGUUAGUAACCUAAUUUAUGUCCCUCUAACUGUCCUGAAUGCCUCUGCUGAUCCUACAGCUAUUGUACGCAGUAAUCAUGUUCCUAUGAACCAGAUUUAUGCUGUUAGCACUGAGGUGGUGUGCCCAAGUAGUAAGUUCACUGUGUGCAGCUCACCCUGCACUAACAUAAAUAACAUGAAAAUAUCUACUUCUGCUAAGCUUCCCAGUAAAGCAAUGAAAACAAGCAAGCAUCCCAGAAAAGUGCUGAAAAUAGCCCAUGUUAACAUAUGUAGCUUAAGAAACAAGGUUCAUGAAAUUAAUAACUUGCUAGUAACAGUUAACAUUCAUAUUCUGACUAUUUCUGAAAUGCACUUAGACAAUACCUUUUGAUACAGUGGUAGCAAUACAAGGUUAUAACAUUUACAGAAUAGACAGAAAUGCCAGUGGUGGAGGUGUUGCUGUUUAUAUUCAGAACCACAUUCCUGUAAAGAUUAGAGAGGAUCUCAUGUUAAAUACUGUUGAAGUAAUAUGGCAACAGGUUCAUCUGCCUCACCUAAACCCCAUUAUUGUGGGAAGCUGCUAUAGACCACCAAGUGGUAACAGUCAGUAUCUGGAUAACGUGUGAAAUGCUUGAUAAUGUAUGUGAUAUCAACAGAGAGGUAUAUUUUCUGGGUGAUUUAAAUAUUGACUGGCUUUCAUCAAGCUGUCCACUCAAGAAAAAGCUUCAAACUGAAACCAGUGCCUGCGACCUGGUUCAGGUUAUCAGUCAACCUACCAGGGUAGUUACAAACAGCACAGGAAUGAAAUCAUCAACAUGUAUUGAUCACAUCUUUACUAAUGCUGUAGAAAUGUGCUUGAAAGCAGUAUCCAGAUCCAUCGGAUGUAGUGAUCACAAUAUAGUAGCCAUAUCUAGGAAAACCAAAGUUCCAAAGGCUGGACCUAAUAUAGUGUAUAAUAGGUCAUACAAUACGUUUUGUAGUGAUUCCUAUGUUGUUGAUGUAAAUAAUAUUUUUUGGUCCGUGGUGUGUAAUGAGGAGCAAACAGAUGUUGCACUUUAGACACAUUUAUGAAAUUGCUUAUCCCAGUUACUAAUAAGCAUGCACCUAUUGGCAAGUAAUGGCAAGUAAGUCUGGCUGCACAACCGAUUGGCAAACGUAUUGCAAAUUGAGAAAUCAUGUGACUAAACUGAAUAAAAAUAAGAAACUACACUAUGAAACAAAUUACAUAAAGAAUGAUAGUAAAAAGCUUUGGAGCACCUUAAAUGAAAUUUUGGGAAAAAAGGCAAACUCAGCUCCAUCAUUAAUUGAAUCAGAUGGCUCAUUCGUCACAAAACCGACUGAUAUUGCCAACUACUUGAAUGAUUUUUUCAUUGGCAAGAUUAGCAAAUUUAGGCAUGACAUGCGAGCAACAAACGCUGACAACUACACAUACAAGUAUAUCUGACCAAAUUAUGAAAGACAAGAAUUCUAAUUUUGAAUUCCGUAAAGUGAGUGUGGAAUAGGUGAAAAAAUUGUUGUUGUCUAUCAACAAUGACAAGCCGUCGGGGUCUGACAACUACUAUGGAAAAUUACUGAGGAUAAUAGCGGACGAUAUUGCCACUCCUAUUUGCCAUAUCUUCAAUGUAAGCCUACUAGAAAGUGUGAGCCCUCAGGCCUUGAGGGAAGCAAAAGUCAUUCCGCUACCUAAGAAUAGUAAAGCCCCCUUUACUGGCUCAAAUAGCCGACCAAUCAGCCUGUUACCAACCCGUAGUAAAGUUUUGGGAAGAAAAUGGUGUUUGACCAGAUACAAUGCUAUUUUACAGUAAACUAAUUGACAACAGACUUUCAGCACGCUUACAGGGAAGGACAUUCAACAAGCACAGCACUUACACAAAUGACUGAUGAUUGGCUGAGAGAAAUUGAUGAUAAAAAGAUUGUGGGGGCUGUUUUUUUUUUACUUCAGUGCGGCUUUUGACAUUAUCGAUCAUAGUCUGCGGCUGGAAAAACGUAUGUGUUAUGGCUUUACACCCCUGCUAUAUUGUGGAUAAAGAGUUACCUGUCUAACAGAACACAGAGGGUGUUCUUUAAUGGAAGCCUCUCCAACAUAAUCCAGGUAGAAUCAGGAAUUCCCCAGGGCAGCUGUCUAGGCCCCUUACUUUUUUAAAUAUUUACUAACGACAUGCCAAUGGCUUUGAGUAAAGCAAGUGUGUCUAUGUAUGUGGAUGACUCAACACUAUUCACGUCAGCUACUACAGUGACUGACAUGACUGCAACACUUAACAAAGAGCUGCAGUUAGUUUAAGAAUGAGUGGCAAGGAAUAAGCUAGUCCUAAAUAUUUCAAAAACUAAAUGCAUUGUAUUUGGGAAGUCAUUCACUAAACCCUAAACCUCAACUAAAUCUUGCAAUAAAUAAUGUGGAAAUUGAGCAAGUUCAGGUGACUAGACUGCUUGGAGUAACCCUGGAUUGUAACUGUCAUGGUCAAACAUAUUGAUACAACAGUAGCUAAGAUGGGGAGAAGUCUGUCCAUAAUAAAGCGCUGCUCUACCUUCUUAACAGCACUAUCAACAAGGCAGGUCCUACAGGCUCUAAUUUUGUCGCACCUGGACUACUGUUCAGUCAUGUGGUCAGGUGCCACAAAGAGGGACUUAGGAAAAUUGCAAUUUGCUCAGAACAGGGCAGCACGGCUGGCCCUUGGAUGUACACAGAGAGCAAACAUUAAUAUUAUGCAUGUCAAUCUCUCCUGGCUCAAAGUAGAGAAGCGAUUGACUUCAUCACUACUUGUUUUUGUGAGAGGUAUUGCCAUGUUGAAAGCACCGAGCUGUCUGUUUAAAUGACUAGCACACAGCUCAGACACCCAUGCAUACCCCACAAGACAUGCCACCAGAGGUCUCUUCACAGUCCCCAAGUCCAGAACAGACUAUGGGAAGCGCACAGUACUACAUAGACCCAUGACUACAUGGAUCUCUAUUCCACAUCAGGUAACUGAUGCAAGCAGUAGAGUCAGAUUUAAGAAACAGAUAAAAAUACACCUUAUGGAACAGCAGGGACUGUGAAGCAACACAAACAUAGGCACAGACACAUGCAUACACGCACAAGAUAACAUACAGUGGCUUGCGAAAGUAUUCACCCCCCUUGGCAUUUUUCCUAUUUUGUUGCCUGACAACCUGGAAUUAAAUUUGAUUUUUGGGGGGGUUUGUAUCAUUUGAUUUACACAACAUGCCUACCACUUUGAAGAUGCAAAAUAAAUACAAAUCUGAAACAAACAAGAAAUAAGACAAAAAAACAGAACUUGAGCGUGCAUAACUAUUUACCCCCCCAAAGUCAAUACUUUGUAGAGCCACCUUUUGCAGCAAUUACAGCUGCAAGUCUCUUGGGGUGUUUCUCUAUAAGCUUGGCACAUCUAGCCACUGGGAUUUUUGCCCAUUCUUCAAGGCAAAACUGCUCCAGCUCCUUCAAGUUGGAUGGGUUCCGCUGGUGUACAGCAAUCUUUAAGUCAUACCACAGAUUCUCAAUUGGAUUGAUGUCUGGACUUUGACUAGGCCAAGACAUUUCAAUGUUUCCCCUUAAACCACUCAAGUGUUGCUUUAGCAGUAUGCUUAGGGUCAUUGUCCUGCUGGAAGGUGAACCUCCGUCCCAGUCUCAAAUCUCUGGAAGACUGAAACAGGUUUCCCUCAAGAAUUUCCCUGUAUUUAGCGUCAUCCAUCAUUCCUUCAAUUCUGACCAGUUUCCCAGUCCCUGCCGAUGGAAAACAUGGUGUUCUCGGGGUGAUGAGAAGUGUUGGGUUUGCGCCAGACAUAGCGUUUUCCCUGAUGGCCAAAAAGCUCAAUUUUAGUCUCAUCUGACCAGAGUACCUUCUUCCAUAUGUUUGGGGAGUCUCCCACAUGCCUUUUGGCGAACACCAAACGUGUUUGCUUAUUUCUUUCUUUAAGCAAUGGCUUUUUCUGGCCACUCUUCCGUAAAGCCCAGCUCUGUGGAGUGUACGUCUUAAAGUGGUCCUAUAGACAGAUACUCCAAUCUCCGCUGUGGAGCUUUGCAGCUCCUUCAGGGUUAUCUUUUGUCUCUUUGUUGCCUCUCUGAUUAAUGCCUUCCUUGCCAGGUCCGUGAGUUUUGGUGGGCGGCCCUCUCUUGGCAGGUUUGUUGUGGUGCCAUAUUCUUUCAAUUUUUUAAUAAUGGGUUUAAUGAUGCUCCGUGGGAUGUUCAAAGUUUUUUUAUAACCCAACCCUGAUCUGUACUUCUCCACAACUUUGUCCCUGACCUGUUUGGAGAGCUCCUUGGUAUUCAUGGUGCCGCUUGCUUGGUGGUGCCCCUUGCAUAGUGGUGUAGCAGACUCUGGGGCCUUUCAGAACAGGUGUGUGUGUGUGUGUGUGUGUGUGUAUAUAUAUAUAUAUAUAUAUAUAUAUGUAUAUAUAUGUUUAUGUGUGUGUGUGAGAGAUCAUGUGACACUUAGAUUGCACACAGGUGGACUUUAUUUAACUAAUUAUGUGACUUCUGAAGGUAAUUGGUUGCACCAGAUCUUAUUUAGGGGCUUCAUAGCAAAGGGGGUGAAUACAUAUGCACGCACCACUUUUUCGUUAUUUAUUUUGUCAAAUUUUUUGAAACAAGUUUUUUUUUUUCAUUUCACUUCACCAAUUUUGACUAUUUUGUGCAUGUCCAUGAAAUCCACAGGUUGUAAUGCAACAAAAUAGGAAAAACGCCAAGGGGUAUGAAUACUUUUGCAGAGCACUGUACGCACUAUACACACACAUACAGAUUGAUUUUGCGUUGUAGAUAUGUGGUAGUGGAGUAGGGGCUUGAGGGCACACACUGAAAUCUGUUAUGAAUGUAUUGUAAUGUUUUUAUAAUUGUAUAGCUGCCUUAAUGUUGCUGGACCCCAGGAAGAGUAGCUGCUGCCUUGGCAGUGUGAUUAACAUGAUUACAUUGUUGUUGUUUGACAUAAUUGUGCUAGUAGUGUGUGGGUAUUGACCCAUCUUAUUUUCAUUCUGUAAUAGUCCUCUAUCCCUCUCUCUCUCUCCUCUCUCUCCCUCUCUCUCCCUCUCCCUCUCUCUCUCUCUCUCUCUCUCUCUCUCUCUCUCUCUCUCUCUCUCUCUCUCUCUCUCUCUCUCUCUCUCUCUCUCUCUCUCUUUCUGUCUCCCUCUCUCUUUUUGUCUCCCUCUCGGUCUCCCUCUUUCUCUCUCUGUCUCUCUCUCCCUCUCUCUCUCUUCACCUCCGUAGUGUGGCGGUCACUCGUUCCCGCGACGUCCCGUCCUUCGGCCCUCCCAUCCCAGAGGGCGUUUCCUUCCCCAAGUCCUCGGCGUUCCGGGACUUCCUUUUGGCCAAGGUCAUCAACGCAGAAAACGCCGCCCACAAAUCUCACAAGUUCCGCGCCAUGGCGACGCGGACACGUCAGGAGUACCUCAGAGAACUGGCGGAGCGCCACACCACAUCGACCCCCAUCGACCCGUCCGGGAAAUUCCCCUUCAUCUCAUUGGCUCACAAGAGGAAGGAGAAGAGUCGUCCGUACGCCGGGGCGGAACUUCGGAGCCUCGGCGCCGUCACGUGGGCGGUCCACGCCGAGGAUCAUGGCGCGGGAGGCGAGCUCGAAGCACUAUUGGCUAUCUCCAAUGACUUUCUCAUCCUAUUGGAUCAGGAGGCCAAGGCCGUGGUGUUUAACUGUGCUACAAAUGACGUGAUUGGCUGGACGCUGGGGAGUCCCGCCUCCAUGAGGAUCUUCUAUGAGAGAGGGGAGAGCGUGUCGCUGAGGUCUGUUAGUAACAACACAGAAGACUUCAGAGAGGUGGUGAAACGACUGGAGGUGAGGAGAGGAGAACAGACACACACACACACAGACACACACAGACACAGACACACACACACACACAGACACACACACACAGACACAGACACACACAGACAGACACACACACACACAGACACAGACACACACACAGACACACACAGACACACACACACAGACACACACACACAGACACACACACAGACACACACACACACAGACACACACACACACACACACACAGACACACACGGUACAUUCAGUUCCAGUGUCAUGUCUUAUUGUUUCUGCCAGAAGUUGUGUCUAGUCUGCAUACUGAUGAUGGUGAUGACAUCUUAUUGCCAGAAGUUGUGUUUAGUCUGCAUACUGAUUAUGGUGAUGACAUCUUAUAGCCAGAAGUUGUCUAGUCUGCAUACUGAUGAUGGUGAUGACAUCUUAUAGCCAGAAGUUGUUGUGUCUAGUCUGCAUACUGAUGAUGGUGAUGACAUCUUAUAGCCAGAAGUUGUUGUGUUUAGUCUGCAUACUGAUGAUGGUGAUGACAUCUUAUAGCCAGAAGUUGUUGUCUAGUCUGCAUACUGAUGAUGGUGAUGACAUCUUAUAGCCAGAAGUUGUUGUGUCUAGUCUGCAUACUGGUGAUGACGUCUUAUAGCCAGAAGUUGUUGUCUAGUCUGCAUACUGAUGAUGGUGAUGACAUCUUAUAGCCAGAAGUUGUUGUCUAGUCUGCAUACUGAUGAUGGUGAUGACAUCUUAUAGCCAGAAGUUGUUGUCUAGUCUGCAUACUGAUGAUGGUGAUGACAUCUUAUAGCCAGAAGUUGUUGUGUCUAGUCUGCAUACUGAUGAUGGUGAUGACAUCUUAUAGCCAUAAGUUGUUGUCUAGUCUGCAUACUGGUGAUGACAUCUUAUAGCCAGAAGUUGUUGUCUAGUCUGCAUACUGUUGAUGUUGACAUCUUAGAUGACUGUACUUAUCUAGUGAAGGUUCAUAAGAAUCUCUGGCAGACUAGGGCUGCAUCCCAAAUUGUACCCUUUUCCCUAAGUAGUGACCUAUAUAGGGAAUAGGAUGCCAUUUGGGACAAAGCCUAACUCAUAAUUGCUUGGGUGAUGGUUCUUAUCUGUUACCAUAGCAACAAGCGAGGUAAAAUCAUUUCCUUAUGUAAUCACCAUCAUCCGCUGUUCUAAAAGACCUCCUCCAUUUCCUCCAGCUCAGUCAAUGGUGUGACAUAAACACACAUACCCACACGCACACGCACACGCACACAAACACAAACACACACACACACACACACACACACGCCGCAAUGAGUGUGUGUCUGUUGUGUGUUAGUAGAUCCAUUCAAGAAGAGGGAAAUGCAGUCAGUCACAAAAGCACCUUCACAUCACUUUCAGACACAAUUUUCAAUAGAGUGUAUCUACUUUCACUCUCUGAGGAAUGUGUUGAUCUUCAGUCAGUGCUGCCACCUUUGUGUGAGGGAGCGGGCGAAAGGAGACAGAGGAAUAAUAUACUGGUACUUCACUUCACAAACUCACACUCAUCUUCCUGCAAGAGGUCUAACACACACACACUGCAGAGAGCAUUAAAGAACCCAAAACAGGCCCCAUCUACCUCAAAACAGUCCCCAUCUACCUCAAAACAGGCCCCAUCUACCUCAAAACAGUCCCCAUCUACCUCAAAACAGUCCCCAUCUACCUCAAAACAGUCCCCAUCUACCUCAAAACAGUCCCCAUCUACCUCAAAACAGUCCCCAUCUACCUCAAAACAGGCCCCAUCUACCUCAAAACAGUCCCCAUCUACCUCAAAACAGGCCCCAUCUACCUCAAAACAGUCCCCAUCUACCUCAAAAACAGCCCCAUCUACCUCAAAACAGGCCCCAUCUACCUCAAAACAGUCCCCAUCUACCUCAAAACAGGCCCCAUCUACCUCAAAACAGUCCCCAUCUACCUCAAAACAGUCCCCAUCUACCUCAAAACUGUCCAUUUCUACCUCAGCCCCGUCCCCAUCUACCUCAGCCCUGUCCCCAUCUACCUCAGACAAGUCCCUAUCUACAGUGCAUUCGGAAAGUAUUCAGACCCCUUGACUUUUUCCACAUUUUGUUACAUUACAGCCUUAUUCUAAAAUGGAUUAAAAAAAGAAAUCCUUAUCAAUCUACACACAAUACCCCAUAAUGACAAAGCGAAAACGGGUUUCUAGAAAUAUAUAUCUAUAUAUAAAUAAAAAUAUACCUUAUUUACAUAAGUAUUCUGACCCUUUGCUAUGAGACUCGAAAUUCAACUCCGGUGCAUCCUGUUUCCAUUGAUCAUCCUUGAGAUGUUUCUACAACUUCAUUGGAGUCCACCUGUCGUAAAUUCAAUUGAUUGGACAUGAUUUGGAAAGGCACACACCUAUCUAUUAAAGGUCCCACAGUUGACAGUGCAUGUCAGAGCAAAAACCUCCAAGACAGGAUUGUGUCGAUGCACAGAUCUGGGGAAGGGUACCAAAACAUUUCUGCAGCAUUGAAGGUCCCAAAGAACACAGUGGCCUCCAUCAUUCUUAAAUGGAAGAAGUUUGGAACCACCAAGACUCUUCCUAGAGCUGGCCGCCCAGCCAAACUGAGCAAUCGGGGGAGAAGGGCCUUGGUCAGGGAGGUGACCAAGAACGCAAUGGUCACUCUGACAGAGCUCCAGAGUACCUCUGUGGAGAUGGGAGAACCUUCCAGAAGGACAACCAUCUCUGCAGCACUCCACCAAUCAGGCCUUUAUGGUAGAGUGGCCAGACGGAAGCCACUCCUCAGUAAAAGGCACAUGACAGCCCGCUUGGAGUUUGCCAAAAAGGCACCUAAAGACUCUCAAACCAUGAGAAACAAGAUUCUCUGGCCUGAUGAAACCAAGAUUGAACUCUUUGGCCUGAAUGCAAAGCGUCAUGUCUGGAGGAAACCUGGCACCAUUCAGCUGCAGGGACUGGGAGACUAGUCAGGAUCGAGGGAAAGAUGAACGGAGCAAGGUACAGAGAGAUCCUUGAUGAAAACCUUCUCCAGAAUGCUCAGGACCUCAGACUGGGGCGAAGGUUCACCUUCCAACAGGACAACAACCCUAAGCACACAGCCAAGACAACGCAGGAGUGGCUUCGGGACAAGUCUCUGAAUGUCCUUGAGUGACCCAGCCAGAGCCCGGACUUGAAUCUGAUCGAACAUCUCCCCAUCCAACCUGACAGAGCUUUAGAGGAUCUGCAGAGCAUAAUGGGAGAAACUCCCCAAAUAGAUGUGUGCCAAGCUUGUAGCGUCAUACCCAAGAAGACUCAAGGCUGUAAUUUUUGCCAAAGGUGCUUCAACAAAGUACUGAGUAAAGGGUCUAAAUACUUAUGUAAAUGUGUUAUUUCAGUUUUGUAUUUUUUUAUAAAUCUUCAAACAUUUCUUAAAAACCUGUUUUCGCUUUGUCAUUAUGGGGUAUUGUGUGUAGAUUGAUGUGGGAAAAAAUAAAUGUAAUCAAUUUUAGAAUAAGGCUGUAACGUAACAAUGUGGAAAAAGUCAAGGGGUCUGAGUACUUUCCGAAUGCACUGUACCUCAGACCAGUCCCUAUCUACCUCAGACCAAAUAGUAUUUUUAAAGCAGCCAGGUCUGUGUCUAUCUACUGAAUAAAUUAUUCAUCACAGAAGUUUUAAGUGGUAUAGAGAGACAAAUUAUCAUGCAGACACUGUCUCCUCCAUUGUGUGUGUGUGUGUGUUACCAGUCAUGGGGCCCUUAGCUAGCUGUAUUUAUAGUGCCAGGGCCUCUCAGGUCCACUUUAGCUUGAGUUCCCUCUUUCCUGUCCCCCACUAAAGAAAACAACACACACUUAACCACUUAUACUGCACCCUCUGUUAUGACAAAGUGACCUGUGUGUCUGUCUGUCUAUGUGGAAACAUCAGAGGACCUUUUUGCAUGCCGAUACUAAAAGUCUUCAGUAAUAGUUAUCAUAUAAUUUAACAUGCUUGAUCACUUACCACUCAUUCUGUCUAUCCUUCUGUCUCCUGACUAAGGGCUGUUAUUUGCUAUGUUGUACUGCAAACAAAUGAAUCACAUCCUCUCUCUCUCCCCACUCUCUCUCUCCCCCACUCUCUUCCCCCUCCUUCUCUCUCUCUCUCCAUCCUUCUCUCUCUCCCCCCUCUCUCCCCCACCUCUCUCUCUCCCCUCUCUCUCUCCCCACUCUCUUCCCCCUCCUUCUCUCUCUCUCUCCAUCCUCCUCUCUCUCUCCCCCUCUCUCUCUCCCUUUCGUCUCUCUCCCCCCCCCCUCUCAUUCUCCCCCUUCUCUCCCCACCUCUCUCCCACUCUUCCCCUCCUCUCCCCACACCUCUCUCUCUUCUCCCACUGUUCUUCUUGCCCCCCCACUUUUUCUUCCCCCCUCCCUCUCUCUAUCACCUCCUUCUCUCAUCGUGCUCCAUCCUCCUCCUCUCCCUUCUCUCUCCUUCCUCUCUCCCCCCCUUUCUCUCCUCUCUCUCCCCUCUCUCUCUCUGCCCUCUCUCUCUCUCCUCCCCUCCAUCCUCUCUCCUCCCCCCUCUCCCCCUCACCCACCAGUGACCUGACUAAGGGUUGUGAGACCUCUGAGAUGACACUGCGUCGUAACGGGCUGGGCCAGCUGGGCUUCCACGUCAACUACGAGGGCAUCGUGGCAGAGGUGGAGUCGUACGGGUACGCCUGGCAGGCGGGGCUGAGGCAGGGCAGCCGAUUGGUCGAAAUCUGCAAAGUAUGUCAUUUGAAGUUGUAGAUUUCAUUGUGUCAUUGGAUAAUUAUUGUGUACCAUAUAAUGGUAUUCCAUAUAAAAUAAACAAUUUUGUCAAGGUUGCCGUGGCGACUCUGACCCACGAGCAGAUGAUUGACCUACUGAGGACGUCGGUCACCGUCAGGGUGGUCAUCAUACCCCCGCACGAAGACGCUACCCCACGCAGGUGUGUGUCUGAGGGGGUGUGUAUGUGUUUAUCUGAGGGGGUGUGUGUGUGUGUUUGUCUGAGGGGGUUGGUGUGUGUGUGUGAUGUCAGUGAUGAUCAGAUUGGUGAUUGUGAGGUCAUCAUCAUGUCAACCAUGUGUGUAGUCUUACCUCUGCUUCUUACCUGACCCCCCUCUCUCUCCCUCCCCUCUCUCUUUCUCCCCCCUCUCUCUUUCUCCCCCCUCUCUCUUCCUCCCCCCUCUCUCUUCCUCCCCCUCUCUCUCCCUCCCCCUCUCUCAUCCCUCCCCCCUCUCUUCCUCCCCCUCUCUCUUCCUCCCCCUCUCUUCCUCCCCCUCUCUCUUCCUCCCCCUCUCUCCCCCCCCUCUCUACCUCCCCUCUAACCCUACUCCCGUACCUCCCCCUCGCUUCUGCCCUCCCCCCUCGUCUUCCUACCUCCCCCUCGUCUUCCUCCCCCUCCAUCUUUCCUCCGCCCUCCUCUCUUUCCUCCCCCCUACUCUUUCCUCUCCCCCUUCCUCUCCCUCUCUCUCCUCCCUCUCAAUCUUCUAUCCUCUCACUCUCCUCUCCUACCCCUCGUCUCACCCUCCCCCUCCAUCUCUUUCCUUCCCGCCUCCUCUUCCUCUCCCUUCCCUCUCCGUCUCUUCCUCUGCCUCUCCGGUCCUCUUCCCUCUUCCUCCCUCUCUCUUCCUCUCCCUCUCUCUCCUCCCUCUCUCUCUACAGAGGUUGCUCUGAGCUCUACCGUAUGCCGGUGGUGGAGUAUAAGGGCAGUGGUGAGAGCGGUUCGUUUGACUACAAGUUCCCGUUCCGCAGCAAAGACAACAAGUGGCAGAGAACCUCCAGUAGUCCCCAGCAGUCCCUGAUGGCCUCCCCCCAGCCGCACACCCCCAACCGGGCCGUUAGCCUGGGGAGCUCUGGGGGGAAGACCCUGUCUGCUGAACGCCCAGAGAGGAACGCUGCUAUACCACGCAGUGUCAGUAGUGAUGGACGACCACUGGAUACCAAGAGGUGAGGAGAGGAGGGAGGAAGAGGAAAUAAAAGAUUGCUGCUUUGACAACAUUAGAUUGCUCCUUUCAUGUCAAUAAAGUUAGUUUGAAUUUGGUAGGGGGAAGGGUGAGAGGGUUAAUGUAUUCUCUCUGUAUCUCCUAAUUGUUUUAUGUAGUAUUUCGUCUUCUCUGGUAAACCCCCCCCCACCCCCUCCAGAAUGUCUCCAGGCAGUGAGAACUAUGCCCUAGCCUGCUCUCUGGCACUGUGUUAGGGUCUGGGUUAGAGGGUUAAUGUCUAUUCUGUGUUAUCUCCACCUCUCCAGAAUGUCUCCAGGCAGUGAGAACUAUGCCCUAGCCUCUUCUCUGGCGCUGGGUCGUUCUCCUCACAACCGCUCUUCCCCCUCCAACCUCUCCUGCUCCAGUGACACCUCACAGGGCUCACAGCACUGGAGGACUCAGAAGUCCAUGCCUGAGGGGUAAGAGAUGGAGUGUGUGGGUGCGUCACCUGUAGCAAGACGUAACACAGAGCCCUUUAUGUAAAAGUUAAGGAAGUGGUUAAACGCCGUUGAAAUGGGAGGAAAAACUUGGAAAGGAAGCGCUAUAUCCAAUAACAAUUAUUUAAGAUUUUUCCAUUUGAAAACGCUGUGGUGCAGCCUGUUGACCAGCUUGUGUCCGUUACAUAGAGGCCGACCUUCAACUUCCUCACGGCUCUGUCCAUGGAUUGUAUUCGUCGCAAAUGGCAGCCUUAUUCCCUAAAUAGCGCCCUACUUUCCCUAUAUAGUGCCCUACUUUCCCUAAAUAGUGCCCUACUUCCCCUAAAUACUGCCCUACUUUCCCUAUAUAGUGCCCUACUUUCCCUAAAUAGUGCCCUACUUUCCCUAAAUACUGCCCUACUUUCCCUAUAUAGUGCCCUACAAAUUAGGGAAUAGUGUGCCAUUUGGUACAUUGCCCAUGACUUAGUCCGUGCAGAGGGAGCAACUUCCGCCCACAACUCUGCUUUUCAAUUGACCUUACAUUCAUUGUCUUUAUCUUUCUAAUCUUACUAUGGACAGCACAUGUUAUGUUAACAGGAAACGACAUGUCUGCCGUUAUGUUCUGUGGACGACAUGAUGUCGUAAAAUGUUAUUAAAUUAGUUGUUUUCCUGUGUGUGUGUGUGUGUGUGUGUGUGUGUACAUGCGUGCACGUUCUAGGUUUGGAGAACGCAGACAACACUCCCCUUUGUCUACAGAGCGACAGGUGGUAGGAGAAGGUGGGGCUAGUGGCAAGUCCACACCUAAUUGGCCGAGAGUGGAGGAAGGGGGCGGGCCCGACAGAGGUUCUACAGGUGAGAUUGACCAUAUGGGAGAGAGAUUUGCUACUAUAGAAAGAAAAGACAGCUUAAUUCCUAUUCCCACAUAUACAGAUUUUUGGCUGCAAUAAUGUCCAUACUAUCAUAGUACUUAGAAGGAGCAGUGUAUUAGGGCUGCGCUCUAAAUGCUAAUGUGGAUAUUGGACCAUAGUGAUGUAAUGGUCGAAUAGAAACCUCCAAUAAAAGAUGAUACACUGUAGAACAUAUUACUGUGGUAUGUCAGAUGUUGAGUACUUUCAAUGCAUACAUACACCUACUCCUAAACAUACCUUACUCUGUUAAAUGCAUCUGUUGAGCAUGAAUCCAUCAGUCUGGUAGCUUGCUGUGUUAAAACUUUGCCUCUGUCGCAUUUAGUAUUUAUCGGGCUGGUACAUUACGUUUGAAGUUAAGCGGGAGGGAGGGAGGGAGGGAGGGAGGGAGGGAGGGAGGGAGGGAGAGAGAGAGAGGCUGUCAGUAGUACUUUCCCAUGGCUCUUUCUGUAUGAAACGGCUGUUGGCUUUGACAGCACUGACAGUCCUUCUCUUCCUCCAUUCUCCUCUUCUUCCUGUCAGUACACUUCCACACUGAUCUCGACAAACCAUUUCUGUAAGGGCCUCGCUUUGUGCAAGGGGGGCAUUGUCAUGCUGAAACAGGAAAGGACCUUCCCCAAACUAUUGCCACAAAGUUGGAAGCACAUAAUCGUCUCAAAUGUCAUUGUAUGCUGCAGUGUUAAGAUUUCUCUUCACUGGAACUAAGGUGCCUAGCCCGAACCAUGAAAAACAGCCCCAGACCAUUAUUCCUCCUCCACCAAACUUUACAGUUGGCACUAUGCAUUGGGGCAGGUAGCGUUCUCCAGACAUCCGCCAAACCCAGAUUAGUUUUUCAGAGAAGAGGAUGAGAGAGAUUGAGGGGUCAAGAGGUCAGAGAAGAGAAGAGGAUGAGAGAGAUUGAGGGGUCAAGAUCAGAGAAGAGGAUGAGAGAGAUUCAUCACUUCAGAGAACGCAUUUCCACUGCUCCAGUGUCCAAUGGCGCGGGUUUUACACUACUCCAGCCGACGCUUGGCAUUGCGCAUGGUGAUCUUAGGCUUGUGUGCAGCUGCUUGGCCAUGGAAACCCAUUUCAAGAAGCUCCCGACGAACAGUUCUUGUGCUAACGUUGCUUCCAGAGGCAGUGUUGUGUUGUGUUGCAACCGAGGACAGGUCCCGUUCUGUGAGCUUGUGUGGCCUACCACUUCGCGGCUUAGCCGUUGUUUCUCCUAGACGUUUCCACUUCCACAAUAACAGCACUUACAGUUGACCGGGGCAGCUGUAGCAGGGUAGAUAUUUAACGAACUGACUUGUUGGAAAGGUGGCAUCCUAUGGUCGGUGCCAUAUUGAAAGUCACUGACCUCUUCAGUACGGCCAUUUUUCUGCCAAUGUUUGUCUAUGGAGAUUGCAUGUCUGUGUGCUUGAUUUUAUACACCUGUCAGCAACGGGUGGGGCUGAAAUAGGCUAAUCCACUAAUUUGAAGGGGUUUCCAAAUACUGCUGUAUAUACAGUGUAUAUAGUUUACCUCUUUCUAUUCCUUUAUAUCCACCUUUCUUUCUUUUCCUCUCUUUCUCUCUUUCUUUCUCUCAUUUCUCUCCUUUUCUCUUUGUUCAAGGCUCUCUGUAGGGAAAUGAAAAACAGAAAUGCCUCUCUUUCCUGUCGGUACAGUUGUGUAACCCACUGUGUGUCUCUCUCUCUCUCCCUGUUUAGCUUUUCAUUGGUUUCCACUCAGUUUCUGACCACUGUUCUGUCUGGAAUAUGUGGUUCUUACAGCUGUAGAUGACUCAGUUCUCACCCAAUAUAUCCAAAUCCAUUUGAACCCAGCCCAUUUUCAGCCCAUUCAACCCAGUCCAGUAUAACUAAACCCAGUCCAACCCACCCCAGUCCAGUAUAACUAAACCCAGUCCAACCCACCCCAGUCCAGUAUAACUAAACCCAGUCCAACCCACCCCAGUCCAGUAUAACUAAACCCAGUCCAACCCACCCCAGUCCAGUAUAACUAAACCCAGUCCAACCCACCCCGGUCCAGUAUAACUAAACCCAGUCCAACCCACCCCAGUCCAGUAUAACUAAACCCAGUCCAACCCACCCCAGUCCAGUAUAACUAAACCCAGUCCACCCACCCCAGUCCAGUAUAACUAAACCCGUCCAACCCACCCCAGUCCAGUAUAACUAAACCCAGUCCAACCCACCCCGGUCCAGUAAACUAAACCCAGUCCAACCCACCCCAGUCCAGUAUAACUAAACCAGUCCAACCCCCCCAGUCCAGUAUAACUAAACCCAGUCCAACCCACCCCGGUCCAGUAUAACUAAACCCAGUCCAACCCACCCCAGUCCAGUAUAACUAAACCCAGUCCAACCCACCCCAGUCCAGUAUAACUAAACCCAGUCCAACCCACCCCAGUCCAGUAUAACUAAACCCAGUCCAACCCGCCCCAGUCCAGUAUAACUAAACCCAGUCCAACCCACCCCAGUCCAGUAUAACUAAACCCAGUCCAACCCGCCCCAGUCCAGUAUAAGCCACAGAUAUCCUGUAAAUCUAUAUGUAAUUCUAUGAUUUCAGCCCAGUGCUGGCCAGUCCAGUUCAGCCAAGCCUCACUCAAUCUGUCUCAUCCUCCUUUCAUUUCUUCUCUGACCUCUUGACCCCUCAAUCUCUCUCAUCCUCUUCUCUGACCUCUUGACCCCUCAAAUCACUCUCAUCCUCUUCUCUGACCUCUUGACCCCUCAAUCUCUCUCAUCCUCUUCUCUGACCUCUUGACCCCUCAAUCUCUCUCAUCCUCCUCUCUGACCUCUUGACCCCUCAAUCGUUCUCAUCCUCUUCUCUGACCUCUUGACCCCUCAAAUCACUCUCCUUCUCUGACCUCUUGACCCCUCAAUCUCUCUCAUCCUCUUCUCUGACCUCUUGACCCCUCAAUCUCUCUCAUCCUCUUCUCUGACCUCUUGACCCCUCAAUCUCUCUCAUCCUCUUCUCUGACCUCUUGACCCCUCAAUCUCUCUCAUCCUCCUCUCUGACCUCUUGACCCCUCAAUCGCUCUCAUCCUCUUCUCUGACCUCUUGACCCCUCAAAUCACUCUCCUUCUCUGACCUCUUGACCCCUCAAUCUCUCUCAUCCUCUUCUCUGACCUCUUGACCCCUCAAUCUCUCUCAUCCUCUUCUCUGACCUCUUGACCCCUCAAUCUCUCUCAUCCUCUUCUCUGACCUCUUGACCCCUCAAUCUCUCUCAUCCUCUUCUCUGACCUCUUGACCCCUCAAUCUCUCUCAUCCUUUUCUCUGACCUUUUGACCCCUCAAUCUCUUCUGGUGAUGUGUCCCUUCUCCUCCAUCCUGAAAUAACAUUAGUCAUGGUCACACCCAUGCAGGGACUGAAACCAUGAACACAGACACGGAGACACACACAGACACGGAGACACAUACAAACACGGAGACACACACACACGGAGAGACACACACAGACACACUCGUUAGAGAGAAGGCAGACUGCACAGCAGACAACUGCUGAAGGGUGAAAUAUGGUUAGAAUCAUUCUCUGUUUACCAUGGAGUUCUGUUAUGACACUUUUCUACUGUUCUCUUCUUCCUCAUCUCUAUGCAGUCCCUCUCUGUUUUCUACUGUUCUCUUCUUCCUCAUCUCUAUGCAGUCCCUCUCUGUUUUCUACUGUUCUCUUCUUCCUCAUCUCUAUGCAGUCCCUCUCUGUUUUCUACUGUUCUCUUCUUCCUCAUCUCUAUGCAGUCCCUCUCUGUUUUCUACUGUUCUCUUCUUCCUCAUCUCUAUGCAGUCCCUCUCGGUUUUUCUACUGUUCUCUUCUUCCUCAUCUCUAUGCAGUCCCUCUCUGUUUUUCUACUGUUCUCUUUCUUCCUCAUCUCUAUGCAGUCCCUCUCUGUUUUCUACUGUUCUCUUCUUCCUCAUCUCUAUGCAGUCCCUCUCGGUUUUCUACUGUUCUCUUCUUCCUCAUCUCUAUGCAGUCCCUCUCUGUUUUCUACUGUUCUCUUCUUCCUCAUCUCUAUGCAGUCCCUCUCGGUUUUCUACUGUUCUCUUCUUCCUCAUCUCUAUGCAGUCCCUCUCUGUUUUUCUACUGUCUCUUCUUCCUCAUCUCUAUGCAGUCCCUCUCUGUUUUUCUACUGUUUCUCUUCUUCUUCCUCAUCUCUAUGCAGUCCCUCUCUGUUUCUACUGUUCUCUUCUUCCUUCAUCUCUAUGCAGUCCCUCUCUGUUUUCUACUGUUCUCUUCUUCCUCAUCUCUAUGCAGUCCCUCUCUGUUUUCUACUUUUCUCUUCUUCCUCAUCUCUAUGCAGUCCCUCUCUGUUUUCUCUACUGUUCUCUUCUUCCUCAUCUCUAUGCAGUCCCUCUCUGUUUUCUACUGUUCUCUUCUUCCUCAUCUCUAUGCAGUCCCUCUCUGUUUUCUACUGUUCUCUUCUUCCUCAUCUCUAUGCAGUCCCUCUCUGUUUUCUACUGUUCUCUCCUUCUUUUUCCUCCAUCUCUAUGCAGUCCCUCUCUGUUUCUACUGUUCUCUUCUUCCUCAUCUCUAUGCAGUCCCUCUCUGUUUUCUACUGUUCUCUUCUUCCUCAUCUCUAUGCAGUCCCUCUCUGUUUUCUACUGUUCUCUUCUUCCUCAUCUCUAUGCAGUCCCUCUCUGUUUUCUACUGUUCUCUUCUUCCUCAUCUCUAUGCAGUCCCUCUCUGUUUUCUACUGUUCUCUUCUUCCUCAUCUCUAUGCAGUCCCUCUCUGUUUUCUACUGUUUCUCUUCUUCCUCAUCUCUAUGCAGUCCCCUCUCUGUUUUCUACUGUUCUCUUCUUCCUCAUCUCUAUGCAGUCCCUCUCGGUUUUCUAACUGUUCUCUUCUUCCUCAUCUCUAUGCAGUCCCUCUCUGUUUUCUACUGUUCUCUUCUUCCUCAUCUCUAUGCAGUCCCUCUCUGUUUUCUACUGUUCUCUUCUUCCUCAUCUCUAUACAGUCCCUCUCUGUUUUCUACUGUUCUCUUCUUCCUCAUCUCUAUGCAGUCCCUCUCUGUUUUUCUACUGUUCUCUUCUUCCUCAUCUCUAUGCAGUCCCCUCUCUGUUUUCUACUGUUUCUCUUCUUCCUCAUCUCUAUGCAGUCCCUCUCGGUUUUCUAACUGUUCUCUGUCUUCUCCUCAUCUCUAUGCAGUCCCUCUCUGUUUUCUACUGUUCUCUUCUUUCCUCAUCUCUAUACAGUCCCUCUCGGUUUUUCUACUGUUCUCUUCUUCCUCAUCUCUAUGCAGUCCCUCUCUGUUUUCUAACUGUUUCUCUUCUUCCUCAUCUCUAUGCAGUCCCUCUCUGUUUUCUAACUGUUCUCUUCUCCCUCAUCUCUAUGCAGUCCCUCUCUGCAAUCUACUGUUCUCUUCUUCCCUCAUCCUAUGCAGUCCCUCUCUGUUUUCUACUGUUCUCCUUCUUCCUCAUCUCGAUGCAGUCCCUCUCGGUUUUUCUACUGUUCUCUCUUUCUUCCUCAUCUCUAUGCAGUCCCCUCUCUGUUUCUACUGUUCUCUUCUUCCUCAUCUCUAUACAGUCCCCUCUCGGUUUUCUACUGUUCUCUUCUUCCCUCAUCUCUAUCAGUCCCUCGCUCUGUUUUCUACUGUUCUCAACUUCUUCCUCAUCUCUAUGCAGUUCCCUCUCUGUUUUUCUACUGUUCUCUUCUUCCUCAUCUCUAUGCAGUCCCUCUCAUGUUUUCUACUGUUCUCCUUUCUUUCCUCAUCUCUAUGCAUCCCUCUCUUUUUUCUACUGUUCUCUCUCUUCCUCAUCUCUAGCAGUCCCUCUCUGUUUUCCUACUGUUCUCUUCUUCCUCAUCUCUAUGCAGUCCCUCUCUGUUUUCUACUGUUCUCUUCUUCUCCCAUCUCUCUAGCAGUCCCUCUCUGUUUUCUACCUGUUCUCUUCUUCCUCAUCUCUAUGCGUCCCUCUCUGUUUUCUACUGUUCUCUUCUUCCUCAUCUACUAUGCAGUCCCUCUCUGUUUUUCUACUGUUCCUCUUCUUUCUCCUCUCUAUGCAGUCCCUCUCUGUUUUCCUACUGUUCUCUUCUUCCUCAUCUCUAUGCAGUCCCCUCUCCUGUUUUAUCUACUGUUCUCUUCUUCGCCAUCUCUAUGCAGGUCCCUCCUGUUUUUCUCUGUUUCUCUUCUUUCCUCAUCUCUAUGCAGUCCCAUCUCGUUUUUCUACUGUUCUCUUCUUCCUCAUCUCUAUGCAGUCCCCUCCGUUUUCUAACUGUUCUCCUUCUUCCUCAUCUCUAUGCAAUUCCCUCUCUGUUUUUCUACGUUCUCUUCUUCCUCAUCUCUGGCAGCCCCUCUGUUUUCUACUGUUCUCGUUUCUUCCUCAUCUUCUAUACAGUCCCUCUCUGUUUUCUAAACUGUCCUUCUUCUCAUCUCUAUGCAGUCCCUCUCUGUUUUCUACUGUUCUCCUCUUUUCUUUUCCUCCUCUCUAUACAGUCCCUCUCUGUUUUGCUACUGUUCUCUCUUCCUCAUCUCUAUGCUCCCUCUCUGUUUUACUGUUAUCUCUUUUCCUCAUCUCUAUUGCAGUCCCUCUCUGUUUUCUAACUGUUCUCUUCUUCCUCAUCUCUAUGCAGUCCCAUCUCUGUUUUUCUACUGUUCUCUUCUUCCUCAUCUCUAUACAGUCCCUCUCUGUUUUUCUAACUGUUCUCUUCUUCCUCAUCUCUAUGCAGUCCCUCUCUGCAAUCUACUGUUCUCCUUCUUCCUCAUCUCUAUGCAGUCCCUCUCUGUUUUCUAACUGUUCUACUUCUUCAUCAUCUCUAUGCAGUCCCUCUCUGUUUUCUACUGUUCUCUUCUUUCCUCAUCUCUAUGCAGUCCCUCUCUGUUUCUACUGUUCUCUUCUUCCUCAUCUCUAUGCAGUCCCUCUCUGUUUUCCUAACUGUUCUCUUCUUCCUCAUCUCUAUGCAGUCCCUCUAUCCAAUCUAAUGUUCUCAUUCUUCCUCAUCUCUAUGCAGUCCCUCUCUGUUUUCUACUGUUCUCUUCUUCCUCAUCUCUAUGCAGUCCCUCUCUGUUUUCUACUGUUCUCUUCUUCCUCAUCUCUAUGCAGUCCCUCUCUGUUUUCUACUGUUCUCUUCUUCCUCAUCUCUAUGCAGUCCCUCUUGUUUUCUACUGUUCUCCUUCUUCCUCAUCUCUAUGCAGUCCCUCUCUGUUUUCUACUGUUCUCUUCUUCCUCAUCUCUAUGCAGUCCCUCUCUGUUUUCUACUGUUUCUCUUCUUCCUCAUCUCAUGCAGUCCCUCUCUGUUUUCUACUGUUCUCUUCUUCCUCAUCUCUAUGCAGUCCCUCUCUGUUUUCUACUGUUCUCUUCUUCCUCAUCUCUAUGCAGUCCCUCUCUCUCUCUCGCACCCUUUCACUCGCACCCUCUCACUCACACGCACACAUAAAAACCACCACACAUAGCCGUGUCCCCCCUGGGUUUGUCCUGCUCUGUCUAUUUCUGUGUGGCUGUUGUGUAACACCUGGCCAAUUACAUUAUAAAGACUUGUUUAUUGAUACACACAACCACAGACACGCACACGCACUGUACGUAUGGCUAUUUAUCUAUAUAUAUAUGUAGCUCUAAGGACCAUAUACCUAAGCCUGUGGGGAAAUAUUCUGUAUAAACAUGUGUGUGUGUGUGUGUUUCCUUGCACUGUUACUAACCUCAAAGUCUGCGUGUGUGUUUUUUAGAUGCUCCUGUGUCUAAGUCUGGUCCUGGGUACUCCGGAGCUCCACGCAUCCAGAGGCAGGAGCAGGUCAUCCACCACUCCCCCAAGAAGAGCUCCCAGGUCAGGCUUCACUCUGCGCCACACUCCCCUGUCCUCACCUCGACCAGGGUGGAGGACCAUACACACAGUACUUCUUAGGCCACCCAUUUAACCAUUUGGGAUGCAUCUCAAUAGUCCAAAGUGACUUUCUGUCCUCAUCUCCUGACUUCAUCUGCACUGACCUGAAGACAGUUUCUCUUGUCCAGGUGUUUCAGAUCAAUGCAGAUCACUGACCUGAAGACAGUUUCUCUUGUCCAGGUCUUUCAUAUCACUGACCUGAAGACAGUUUCUCUUGUCCAGGUCUUUCAUAUCACUGACCUGAAGACAGUUUCUCUUGUCCAGGUCUUUCAGAUCAAUGCAGAUCACUGACCUGAAGACAGUUUCUCUUGUCCAGGUCUUUCAGAUCACUGCAGAUGAAGGAGAUCAGACUAUUAAGAUGACUCCAUUAUGUUGAAUAAACCCUCUGCUGUAGCUGACUCCUGUCUAACCCAUCUCUCCAUCCCCCCUUAGCCUGAGGGUCCGUACUCGGGUCACUCCAGCAGUAACACCCUCUCCAGCACGGCCUCCAGCGGGGGCCACAGCGACACCGACAAGUGGUUCGACAUGGGGGGCCCCGGGGGACCAGGGGAGGCCCCUGACUCUGAACCCAACGGCCUGGGAGGGGGGUACCUCCAGGGGGCCUCAGCCGACAGCGGGAUAGACACCUCGUCCUACGGAGGAGGGAGUGGGGGCCACGGUGGGGAUGGGGGCCGCGGUGGGGAUGGGGGCCACUCACAACCCCACCACGGGAGUUCUAGUUCCCUUUUGGUUGCUGGGGGUAGAGAGGGGAAGGAUAGAGCCCCAUCGCCAUGGCAUAGCCCCACUGAGGGGGGCAAGAGGGUCCUGGAGAGGUCCCCCCCGGCUGCAGAGAGCCCGCAACCCCCAGGGGAGAGGGGGGAGAGAGCAGAGGGGACGGCUAGGAGUCCUCCUACACACCUACCGGUUAGAGAUUGCAGCUCGUACAGUCUGAGUGAUGCAGGAUCGCACUCCAGGUAUGGAUGGGUGGUUUGGACAAGGCAUACACACAUGCACACAGCAGACAUACACGCAUGCACAACCUCCAUGGAGUCUUUUGACCAUGACAUUUGCUAGUUCCCUCGCCUCUUUUUCUAGCGAAGCUUAAAGAAUAUUUAUUUCCGUGAAGCAGUAGAGCUGAAAUGGAUGUACUGUAUCAUCAGUCACAAAGGGAAACCGUGUCAACAGUAUCGUCAGUCACAAAGGGAAACCGUGUCAACAGUAUCGUCAGUCACAAAGGGAAACCGUGUCAACAGUAUCGUCAGUCACAAAGGGAAACCGUGUCAACAGUAUCGUCAGUCACAAAGGGAAACCGUGUCAACAGUGUUGUCAGUCACUAAGGGAAACCGUGUCAACAGAAUCGUCAGUCAUAAAGGGAAACCGUGUCAAAAGUAUCAUCAGUCACAAAGGGAAACCGUGUCAACAGUGUUGUCAGUCACUAAGGGAAACCGUCUGAACAGUAUUGUCAGUCACUAAGGGAAACCGUGUCAACAGUGUUGUCAGUCACUAAGGGAAACCGUGUCAACAGAAUCGUCAGUCAUAAAGGGAAACCGUGUCAAAAGUAUCGUCAGUCACAAAGGGAAACCGUGUCAACAGUGUUGUCAGUCACUAAGGGAAACCGUGUCAACAGAAUCGUCAGUCACAAAGGGAAACCGUGUCAACAGUAUCGUCAGUGACAAAGGGAAACCGUGUUAACAGUAGCAUAAUACAGGGGCCUUGGUUUGAUAGAUUGAUACUGUAAUAGAACCACAGAAAUAGAUAGAGGUUGAUGAACGGCAGUAGUCCAUUUAUGUCAUCCUCUGCUCUGACGUCGGUAGAGAAACGACUAUGUAACACUCUGUAAUCUACUAGUCUACUGCAGAUCAGCACUUCUAAAAAUUGGUUUUUAGGUCAUAGUUAUUAGCUCAAAGUCUAGAUGAUGUCCAUGCCAGAGAUUACAGUACUGUGGCCCUCCAUGGCCACUAGUUGAAUCGCCCUGACCUUUUCCCUCUUCCCCCGUCCUCCUCUCUCCUUCCCUCCUCCCCCUGUCCUCCUCUCUCCUUCCCUCCUCCCCCUGUCCUCCUCUCUCCUUCCCUCCUCCCCCUGCCCUCCCCUCUCCUUCCCUCCUCCCCCUGUCCUCCUCUCUCCUUCCCUCCUCUCCCUGUCCUCCUCUCUCCUUCCCUCCUCUCCUGUCCUCCUCUCUCCUUCCCUCCCUCCCUGUCCCUCCCUCCUCCUUCCCCCUGUCCUCCCUCGUCCUUCCCUCUUCCCUGUCCUCCUCAUCUCCUUCCUCCUCUCUCCUUCCCUCCUCUCCCUGUCCUCACCCUCCUCCCUCCUCUCCGUCCCCCUCUCCUUCCCUCCUCUCCCUGUCCUCCUCUCUCCGUUCCCUCCUCCCCCUGUCACUCUCUCUCUUCCUUCCCUCUCUCUUCCCUGUCCUCCUUUCUCCUUCCCUCCUCUCUCCUUCCCUCCUCUCCCUGUCCUCCCCUCUCUUUCCCUCCUCUCCUGUCCUCCUCUCUCCUUCCCUCCUCCGCCCCCCUUCCCUCCCCUCUCCUUCUCUCCUCCCCUGUUCCUCCUCUCUCUCCUUCCCUCCUCCACCCCGUCUCCUCUCCAGUCCAGAGGCCAUCCCCCCUAGACUCGUCUUCUCGGUCCACCUCCCCUGCUCCCAGACGUCGUCUCCCCCGGCCCAGCUCUAAAACCUCUCACCCCCGCCAGGAGCCACUCCAAUACCUCAUCGCUGGAGAAGCCAGGAUCCACUAUCAACUCUGUCGACUUCGGGAGAUAACCGCAAGUAAGACCAGGAGGGAGAGGCCUUGUACCUUAGCCUUAGUAUUAGAAUAGUUCCUCUUUCAAGACUUGAUCGCCACCUUGUGGCUAAAAUGAAUAUUACAUACACUGAAUAUAGACAACUACUUUUAAAGAUUACUUACAUUAUACAGUUAAUUUGCAUGAUAUUGGGCUUUAUGUAUGAUCCAGAUUUAGUCUGAUUAAAUUGAUUUUACUUGAAUAUCACAGCUAAUAUGUAGUACAUGGUUAUCGGACAGUCACAUUGCUAUAUCUUUUGCAUGGCUGUAUUAUCUGACCCCUGCUCCCUGCUUGUUAUUGUGUGUCCCCAGGAAGUCUCCAGGGGAGGGAGGAAGUGGAGGAGAGGGGAGUGGCGGAGGAGGGGGGGGUCAGGGUGGGGGUCAUAGCAGAGCCCAUCACGGCCCCCAGCCACACCUCACCCACGCUAAGACCACCGUGGAGGACGAUAUGAAGACACUGAGUCCAGACAGCCCUCCCAAACACAGACGACACAAGGUCAAGGACAAGGUACAGGAUAUUAGCUUGUAACAUUGUGGGUGAACUUUCCCUUUAAAGGAGCAAUCUUUAAAUGGGUUAUCUUUCCUUUCCACCCACAUACUGCAACCAUACUUGGCCAAAGCCAAGCAAACUAUUAAAGACAGCAGAGUUAGAACUUUUGAUCCCAAAUUUAAAGUUACAGAAGUGCCUGUUAGCAUCCUGCAUGUGAAAACUACAUCCGCAGCUGGGGGGUGGUAGUUAUGACUGAGAAGAGGUGACAGCCACGGGAAAGCGCGCGCAAAGCGCACUCAACAGAGCGCAAUCAGCAAGGCGAGCGACGAGCAACUCCCUCCCUAGCUCGCCGGUGUUUCUCGAGCAUCACUCGCUCGCUCUAGCUCUCAUCGCUCUCGCUUCUCUCGCUCUCUAUCUCUACUAUCCUCUAUACCCCUCUCUCUCAUUGAUCUUUGUGUGUCUGUCGUUGUCUGUAAUCUCGCUCUCUAUCUAUCUAUCUAUCUCUAGAGAUUCAUGAAAGAAGCACCCUCUGAUGUCACUCCGCCAUCGCACGCUCGUGCGCGCACACGCGCGUCUGCGAGUCGAGGAGAGAGAGAGAGAAGAGAGGGAGAGCGAGAGCGCGCGCGCAGAGAGAGAGAGAGAGGGAGCGCGAGAAGGGAGAGCGGGGAGGGAGAGAGAGACGUAGAAGAGAGAGAAGAGAGCGAGGAGAGAGAGAGACGAGCGCGAGAGAGGCGGGAGAGCGAGCCCUCCAGUCCGCAUACUAAGGCAAAGCCCCCCUACACCCGUCGGUCUUCCACCGGACCUGUAUGAUGAGAGUAUAUUAAAGGGGAAAGCGUUUUUUUUGCCCAUCCCUGAGGGCUGGGGGACCAGAGAACGACCCCGCCCUGGCUAGAGUGACGUUGUUGUUUAGCUGCUCCACAUUGCCACGCUCUCCCACCACCGCGGGGUUUGUGCCCCCAGAAGACCUCAUACAACUGGGGAUCAAACUACCGGUUUGAGAGGGGGGGGACGUAAUUGACCACAGGGUCUGGGGACAUGUGGCGUGUAAACAGCUUUGAGACAGUUGGAGGAUUGACACAUUGGUGACUUAAUACUUGGAUUGUGGCGGGAGGCUGGGUUUGAUAAAAGGUUGUGUAUAUGCUGCCCUCUUAUGGUAGAGAAAGUGUAGUGACCUACCUUUUGGUAAAAAAAGAUUCAUUACGUUCAUUUCCGACUAGUCAAGAAUAAUAGUCUUGCUGUAGUUAUUUUUCAAUGAGAGAGGGAUCAAAUCGGUUCUUCCCUGUCCUCUCUCUACAGGAGGACCUGGCUGCGUCUGACAAGUCAUGGCUGAGAUGGUCUAGAUGGUUUGAGCGACAGCGCCACCCCCCUCCCAGGAGCUGAUGCCCAUCCCACCCUCUGAGAGCAGGGAAAGCCCCUGGACUGGACCCACAUGGUGGAGUAGCCAACGCUUUCGAAAGUAGACGAGAAGGAGGUCGGGGGUGGGGCGGCCCGGGGCGGUGGUAGGGUCGCCUCCAGGGCCUGGCCGCGCGUGCGCCGCCCGGCUGUGUGGGGUGCGGGGCUGGGGUGUGUGGGUGGGGGUGUGUGCGGAGGUCACCUGGUGCAUGUGGCCUAAUCCCGAAAAUGCACAGGAGAGGGCACAACGGAAUUAGGCUAUGUAUACUCUGACACUACAGGUCAUGACUUGUGUCUCUCCUGCCCACAGUUACUCGUGUGCGAGGGGCGUAUCAUUGUUACCUCUAUACUUUCGCACUUUGCGAAUGGGAACGCCCACGAGCGGGGGGCGAAACCGGAGCGCACCGCGUAGAACGGGGGCACCGGACGAAGCCGGGGGGAGGGCGCGCGGGUCGGAGGGACGCAACCGCCCGCAACGCGUAGUGCAAGGCGCGGACCCACAGAGGGAGAGCGAGACAGAGAGAGCAGAGCAAAAAAGCAGACGAUAGCAACGGGGCGAAAAAACGGAGAGAGCGAGAAGCGCGAGACAAAGCGCGAGAGAGACAGGAGAGAAAAAAGAGGGGGAGGAGGGUACAGCGCAGAGGGCGAGCAGAGCAGGAGGAGAAAACAAGGAAAAGUAAGCGAGAAGGGAAGGGGCGCGCCAACAAGGCAGGCCAGCGAGCGGCGCGAAACCAGCGACGCAGCCAGCGGAGAGAGAGAGACGGCGACCCCAAAGGCGAGAAGCGCGAGCAAGGCGACCAAAGAGAUCGACUAGUUCCGAGGGAGCAGGAACCAAAAAACAAGGGAAGAGACGAAGAUGAGAACGCGAAGCAGAGCGCGCAACACCAAAGAGAGACGAGGAGAAGGGCAGAAAACAGAGAGGUAGAGAGCAAGGAGAGAAAAGAGCGAGCGAGAAGGAGAGCCCCAAGAGGGCGCGAGCGAGAAGCGGAGAGAGAGCAAGGAGAGCCCAAAGAGAGAGAGCGAGCGCGAGCCAAAGGAGAGAGCGCGCGACGGGAGAAAAAGCGAGCGAGGAGGCCGGGCGAGACAACCCACGAAGAGCGCGAGAGCGACCGGGAGCGACACCAAAGAAGAGCUAGAGAUCCGGCGCGCCCCAAGAGCGCGAGUAAAGAGCAGGAGAGAAUCAAGAGCGAGAGGAGAGAAGGAGAGAAAAAAGGAGCCGCGAGCAGGAGCAUGGCGAGCCCACGGGGGAGGAGCAGAGAGAAGGUGCGAGCCGAAAAAGAGAGAGAGAGGAGAAGAGAGACACAGGAGAGACAAACGGAGAGAGAGAGGCGAAGGAGGAAAAGGAGAAAGGAGAGGAAAUAAGGGACGGACAGAAUGAGAGAGAGACAAACGUCGCGCUAGAUACCUGGCUAGACCACGGCGAGCGAGCGCGUAGCAGGUCGCGCACAAGCACUCGCUCGACACCAGAGCGAAGAUGCGAAGGACGCCAUAAAUCGCGCGCCCUCCAUCCAUCCCUCCCUCCUCCCUCCCUCCCUCCCUCCCCCCCUCCAGUCCAGAGAGGGUUUGUGUUUUAGUGACUCUAACCACAGAGGUAGUGGAGCCCCCAGCCCUCAGCAGACACAUCCCAGCCUGGAACUACAGCCUGCCCCUCUAUCCAGACCUUCAUCCAGGUAACACGGCUCAGAUAUGUUAUGAGGUGCACUAAAUAUACAAUUCAUGUUUUGUAGUAGCAUACAGGAUCUGCCUGUGCAAAAUAGGUUUCUAACCUCAAGUGUCUUUUCCUGGUUAAAGUGAUUCUCCAGAGUUUUGUAUCAUUUCAGCCAGUACUUUUGAAAGUGGUGCUCGCUACCCAAAACAGGUCCCUGAAAACUGUGAACGUCAUCCAUUUCCUAUGAUAUGUUACGUCCUGUAAUAGUUAUUUUUUCUGCAAUUUGUACAAUAAUUUGUACAAUUUGUUCAAUACGUUAGAAUGCUGUAUAUUGACUACAGCUCAGUGUUCAGCACCAUAGUGCCCACAUAGCUCAUCACUAAGCUAAGGACCCUGGGACUAAACACCUCCCUCUGCAACUGGAUCCUGGACUUCCUGCCGGGCCGCCCCCAGGUGGUGAGGGUAGGCAACAACACAUCUGCCACGUUGAUCCUCAACACGGGGGCCCCUAAAGGGGUGCGUGCUUAGUCCCCUCCUGUACUCCCUGUUCACCCAUGACUGCGUGGCCGUGCACGACUCCAACACCAUCAUUAAGUUUGUCGACGACACAACGGUGGUAGGCCUGAUCACCGGCAACGAUGAGACAGCCUAUAGGGAGGAGGUCAGAGAGCUGGCAGUGUGGUGCCAUGACAACAACCUCUCCCUCAACGUGAUCAAUACGAAGGAGAUGAUCGUGGGACUACAGGAAAAGGAGGGCCGAGCACGCCCCCAUUCUCAUUGACAGGGCUAAAGUGUCCACAUCACCAACAAACUAUCAUGGUCCAAACACACCAAGACAGUCGUGAAAAGGUAAAGGGGGAUACCUAGUGAGUUGUACAACUGAAUGCAUUCAACUGAAAUGUGUCUUCCACAUUUAACCCAACCCCUCCGAAGAGGACACGACAACGCCUAUUCCCCCUCAGGAGACACAGAAAAUAUUUGGCAUGGGUCUUCAGAUUCUCAUAAAGUUAUACAGCUGCACCAUCGAGAGCAUCCUGACUGGUUGCAUCACCACCUGGUAUGGCAACUGCUCAGCCUCCGACCGCAAGGCGCUACAGAGGGUAGUGCGUACGACCCAGUACAUCACUGGGGCCAAGCUUCCUCCUAUCCAGGACCUCUAUACCAGGCGGUGUCAGAGGAAGGCCCUAAAAAUUGUCAGACUCCAGCCACCCUAGUCAAAGACUGUUCUCUCUGCUACCGCACGAUAAGCGGUACCGGAGUGCCAAGUCUAGGUCCAAAAGGCUUCUUAACAGCUUCUACCCCCAAGCCAUAAGACUGCUGAACAGCUAAUCAAAUGGCCACCCGGACUAUUUACAUUGAACCCCCCCCCCCCCCCACUACUCUCUGUUUAUUAUCUAUGCAUACUCACUUUACCUCUACCUACAUGUACAUAUUACCUCAAAUACCUCCACUAACCUGUACUCCCGCACAUUGACUCUGUACCGGUACCCCCUGUAUAUAACCUCCCUACUGUUAUUACACAUUGACUCUGUACCGGUACCCCCUGUAUAUAACCUCCCUACUGUUAUUACACAUUGACUCUGUACCGGUACCCCCUGUAUAUAUCCUCCCUACUGUUAUUUCCCAUUGACUCUGUACCGGUACCCCUUGUAUAUAGCCUCUCUACUGUUAUUACACAUUGACUCUGUACCGGUACCCCCUGUAUAUAACCUCCCUACUGUUAUUACACAUUGACUCUGUACCGGUACCCCCUGUAUAUAUCCUCCCUACUGUUAUUACACAUUGACUCUGUAGCGGUACCCCUUGUAUAUAGCCUCUCUACUGUUAUUACACAUUGACUCUGUACCGGUACCCCCUGUAUAUAGCCUCUCUACUGUUAUUACACAUUGACUCUGUACCGGUACCCCCCUGUAUAUAGCCUCUCUACUGUUAUUACACAUUGACUCUGUACCGGUACCCCCUGUAUAUAGCCUCCCUACUGUUAUUUCCCAUUGACUCUGUACCGGUACCCCCUGUAUAUAGCCUCUCUACUGUUAUUACACAUUGACUCUGUACCGGUACCCCCUGUAUAUAGCCUCCCUACUGUUAUUACACAUUGACUCUGUACCGGUACCCCCUGUAUAUAGCCUCCCUACUGUUAUUACACAUUGACUCUGUACCGGUACCCCCUGUAUAUAGCCUCCCUACUGUUAUUACACAUUGACUCUGUACCGGUACCCCCUGUAUAUAGCCUCCCUACUGUUAUUACACAUUGACUCUGUACCGGUUACCCCCUGUAUAUAGCCCUCCCUACUGUUAUUACACAUUGACUCUGUACCGGUACCCCCUGUAUAUAGCCUCCCUACUGUUAUUACACAUUGACUCUGUACCGGUACCCCCUGUAUAUAGCCUCCCUACUGUUAUUACACAUUGACUCUGUACCGGUACCCCCUGUAUAUAGCCACCCUACUGUUAUUACACAUUUACUCAGUACCGGUACCCCCUGUAUAUAGCCUCUCUACUGUUAAUUAAUUGUUUUUUUUGUUAUUCUAUUAAUUGUUUUACUUUAGUUUAUUUAGUAAAUAUUUUCUUAACUCUUAUUUUUCUUAAAAUUGCAUUGUUGGUUAAGGGCUUGUAAGUAAGCAUAUCACGGUAAGGUUGUAUUCGGCCCAUGUAACAAAUAUAAUUUGAUUUUAUUUAUUACGAAUAUGUAAGUGCUUUAGAUCAAUCUCUUUAAAUAAAGGUCAAAUAAAGAUGACCCAUUAGGUUAGUGUGGUUAAAUGUAUGUUUGGCUCUCUGUCUCCACAGUGAGGGUCCUGCAGGUCUGGAGAGGAAUGUGACCAAGCUGGAAACCGUGGUCAAGAUGCUACAGGAUGACCUGAAGAAGGUACCACACGCACACAUUAGCACAUGCCUGUACACACACACACACACACGGACCCACGCAUGCACGUAUGCACACACACAACACCCAUUCAGCAUCGUUCACACCCCCAUAAGCCUUAGCCCCACCCAUCUCUUUAAGGAUUCACAUGUAAAGGCCAUGUACUAAUCAACCAAAGAUUUCAAGACUAAAGGCUGGUUUAUACUACGGGUGUGUUCGUAAAUUCAAUCUGGAGUGCCAGAGUGCACUCUGGGCGUUCGUAAACUCAGAGCGUUGUCAGAUUGUCCGUUCGUAAAUUCAGAGUGUUUCGCUCUCGGAGCGUUCAGAGCGCACACUGGACGCUCUGGCCGAAAAGUAGGGUUGAUCCGAGCGUUCUGACCUAACAACCGCAGUCAAACGUUGGCUAGCUUGCUAGCUACUUCCAGACACAAAUGAGAGAACACCUCACUCUGACCAUUUUACUCGCCCUAGCAGAGCUGGUUAGCCUGCAUUAGUGACUGCAACUGUGCUGCUGGCAACAAUUUAAUUACGCUUUUUUGCCAACUUUUACUGAAAUAGCUACUUGCAUAGUGGAGUCUUUUGUGUAGACAUGUAGCUAGCUAGCUAAACAAUGAACAAUAAUCCCAACUCAUAACGUUACUACCCUGCAUGAAUCUGCAGGUAGCUAACCAACCAGGUUCAAUGUUAGCUAGCUAACAUUAGGCUAUAACUACCAAUGCAAAUGGCUCUGAGAUACGAAUAAUAUUACUACACAGAUCAUACACGUAACGUUAGCUAGCUAGCCAGCCAGCUAACGUUAGCUAGCUAGCUAACAGUAUACUUUAACUUGAAAUGAAAACGACUUUCUGACAAAAUUAGAAAUGUGUAAUAUCUGAAAAUUUAGCUAGCUAGACUCUCUUACCCGUAUGCAUGGAUGGACGCUUCUCCCUCUCUGUCACAGAUGACAUGGUUGCCCUUAGUUUUGAAGAUGUAAUCCAGGACAGGUGUUUUAUACAACAGCCUUCUGUGUUCUCUUUUCGACUCUGUCUGCAUAUUUGCAAUCAAUCGGCAGAAUUCUCUCCAUCUCCUUAGCUAUCAUACUCUAAUUCCACUGAUUUCAAAACUCGGUCUUCCAGAAAGUGGAGAGCAACACUUAUGCAGUUCUACUACGUGAUAUCUUUCAAAAAAGCCACGUUAGAAAAGAUUACCUACACAUACUGACCAGCUCAUAUUAUAGACAGAAGCGUGCUAAAUGGCAGACCAAUCCGAACUCAUCUUUCGGCAUGUCCAGCCCACUCAUUAUCUCAGCCAAUCAUGGCGAGCGGGAAGGUUGCUGUCUUUUUUCGGUGGCUAAACCAACUAGACUCGUAAAUUAACAAUUUUAUUCGUAUUUACAGAAGGCAUACAAGUUUGUUAUUAAGGCACAUGAAAGUUCACGUUCCAGAAGGCAUUUCUGCCAAAAAAAGAUUUUGAUUAAAAAAAAAAGUUUACAUUCAAAUGGCUCUCCUGUGAAGUAGUGACACGUGACAUACGCCUAGUUUCCUGAAAUGAGUCACAUUUUUCAUUCCUGUUGUAAAGAAAGGACAUGGCAGUAUUUGCAUACAAUGGCUACCGUCUGUUAUAUAGAGUUAUCAUCCCUAUCAGUGUUAUAGCUACCGUCUGUUAUAUAGAGUUAUCAUCCCUAUCAGUGUUAUAGCUACCGUCUGUUAUAUAGUUAUCAUCCCUAUCAGUGUUAUAGCUACCGUCUGUUAUACUAGUUUAUACUUUUUUAUCCCUAUCAGUGUUAUAGCUACCGUCUGUUAUAUAGAGUUAUCAUCCCUAUCAGUGUUAUAGCUACCGUCUGUUAUAUAGAGUUAUCAUCCCUAGUCAGUGUUAUAGCUACCGUCUGUUAUAUAGAGUUAUCAUCCCUAGCAGUGUUAUAGCUACCGUCUGUUAUAUAGAGUUAUCAUCCCUAUCAGUGUUAUAGCUACCGUCUGUUAUAUAGAGUUAUCAUCCCUAUCAGUGUUAUAGCUACCGUCUGUUAUAUAGAGUUAUCAUCCCUAUCAGUGUUAUAGCUACCGUCUGUUAUAUAGAGUUAUCAUCCCUAGCAGUGUUAUAGCUACCGUCUGUUAUAUAGAGUUAUCAUCCCUAGCAGUGUUAUAGCUACCGUCUGUUAUAUAGAGUUAUCAUCCCUAUCAGUGUUAUAGCUACCGUCUGUAUAUAGAGUAUCAUCCCUUAUCAGUGUUAUGCACGUCUGUUAUAUAGAGUUAUCAUCCCUACAGUGUUAUAGCUACGUCGUUAUAUAGAGUUAUCAUCCCUACAGUGUUAUAGCUACGUCUGUUAUAUAGAGUUAUCAUCCUACAGGUUAUGCUACCGUCUGUUAUAUAGAGUUAUCAUCCCUAUCAGUGUAUGCUACCGUCGUUAUAUAGAGUUAUCAUCCUAUCAGUUUAUAGCUACCGUCUGUUAUAUAGAGUUAUCAUCCCUAUCAGUGUUAUAGCUACCGUCUGUUAUAUAGAGUUCUCUAUCAGAUACAUGUUGUUUUAUAGAGUUUGCCAUCCUUCAUAUUCCUUCGUCUACCUGUUAGUCCCAUCAUCUCAUCUUCCCUAAGCUCCUCGUAUACAUGCUUCUUUCCUCGGACCACCGGCUUCCCAACUUCCUCGACCCGUAACCUAUCCACACGCCUCUGGAGCCGACCCGUGGCGCGCAACGAGGACCACGAACACCGGCCAGAACCGAGACGACCCGAAGAGCAGGGCGCGAGAAGCGCAAAGCGGCCCAAAGCGCCGGACGAGACCGACCGCAAGACCCGAAGACAGCAGCGAACCGGCACAGAAAGCACCCCUCGUAAGACACAGAACAGAAGCCGGAAAACGAAAACAAUGCCAACAAUCACCCCAUACACCAGAAAUACUACACUCCCUCACCCAUCCCUCACCUCCCUCACUCCCUCCCUCCCUCCCUCCCUCCCUCCCUCCCCUCCCUCCUCCCUCCAUCCCUCCCUGUAGGAGCGUGAGGAGAAGCAGCGUCUCCAUCUGCAGAUCAAGAGGCUGUGGGAGGAUAACCAGCGGCUGCAGGAGGAGUCCCAGAGCUCUGCUGCCAAACUCAAAAAGUUCACGGAGUGGGUCUUCAACACCAUCGAC